UAAAUUGACUCCAAAAGGUUAUGAUUGUACUUUUUGUUCAGCAUUUUCUAAUCACAGAAAUAUGAUAUGUCUGAAAUGCUUUAUCCAUUUUGAAAUGAUGUUUGUAGACUUUCCUGUCUCUGAAAAAAGUGUGCUAUAUUGGCAACAUCUGUGCAUAAUUGUUUUGAUUUUUUUUUUCAGUGUUGGUUUCAGUGAUAUAAUGGUGCUUUUUGUCAGGAUUGUAGAUCCAGUGAAAUGAAUAUCUGAAAAGUGGUUUUGAUAUUUAUUUGAAUUAAAUCCAAAAUUCAUUGUUUGUGUCUUUUUUUCCCUCUCCUCUGUUGCAUAUUCCCCUCUUCUUUCAUGCUUCCUCUUGUUGUCUUUGAUUCUAAAGAAUAUUAUAGACCUUUUCAUUACAAGCAGAAUUAUCAAGGAUUUUAGAAAAAAAAUUUGCUACCCCCAUAGAGUGCGUGGACACACUUGUCACCUGUUAUUAAAAAGGUUGAUGUGUGUUAGUUCAUUUUUAGAUAGAAUUAAACUAUAAAUCUGGAUUUUUUUCACAAAAUAGAGGAGAGCACUUGAAUGAAGCAAAAUUAACAUCAGAUAAAAUGGAGGAUCAGGGAAAAGCUACUUGUAUGACAUGGUUUUGCUGCUGCUAUUAUGUUGUAAAUAAACAUAAUUUUUGAAUUUGAAUUUAGUACACAGUACAUAUUAUUUUUCUGCAGUCAUUAAACUUUGCUUUAUAUUGUAUUGGAAGGUCCUUAGCAUGUUGUCCAGAAAUAGCCU